CUCAAGGAGGAAAACGAAGACUCGUCAACUUUUUCCGCCCUCGUUCCGUUUGUGUUCUCGGCGGCGUCGAAAUCAUCGCUCUCAACGCUCAUCGAAGGCAUCGUGGGCUAUCUCGAGCAGCACACUGGCAACAAUGAAGUGGUCGACAUGUCGGCACUGGCGUACACCCUCAGCACCAAACGGUCAACACUAUCACAGCGUGUCGCUAUUCCCGCCGUCGCGGCGGACGAACUCCGCCUAAAACUAAAAGCAAUUCUCAAGGCAGACGACGACUACGCCGUCCAGGCCAUCUCUUCAGGCACUACAGACGCGCCAUGCCUCCUGGGCGUCUUCACAGGCCAGGGUGCCCAGUGGCCCGCCAUGGGCGCAAGCCUAGUUGCUACGGUCCCCAUGGCGCGUGAAGUACUUCGUCAACUAGACUCAUCACUAGCCACCCUUCCUUCUGAUGACAGGCCCGAUUGGACUUUGACUCAAGCCCUCUCCAAAGAUGACGAGAACAGUGACAGUAGCAUCUGGCAACGCGUUAAUGAAGCCGCUUUUUCGCAGCCCCUAUGUACAGCCGUGCAAAUCAUCCUCGUCGAUCUCCUCCGCGCUGCCGGGGUUAAGUUCCACGCUGUGGUGGGCCACUCGUCGGGCGAGAUCGCCGCUGCGUAUGCAGCCGGUUUUCUAACCGCCAGGGAUGCCAUUCGCGUAGCCUACUAUCGGGGCCUUUUCGCCACGAAGCUGGCCGUGGGGCUAGGAGGCAAGAUGUUGGCCGUGGGCACAAGUCUCGAGGACGCCGAGGAGGUGUGCCAGUUGGAAGAUUUCGCCGGCAAGCUUUCUGUGGCAGCCCAUAAUGCGCCGAGCAGUGUCACGCUGUCAGGGGACGCUGAGGCCGUGGAUCGGGCCGAGGCGGUUUUCCUCGAAGAGAAGAAGUUUGCGAGGGUGUUGAGGGUGAAUACGGCGUAUCACUCGCACCACAUGAUGGUGUGCGCAGAUGCCUACUCAGCGGCUCUGACCGAUUGCGGAAUUCAAGCUCUGCAGCCGGCUGACGGAGAUGGCACAUUCCCACAGUGGUUCUCAAGUGUUUAUGAUGGACGGCAGGUCAGCAGCAGUACGGAGAUGGGCCUGGGAGUACAGUAUUGGGUCGACAACAUGACCAAGCCCGUGUUGUUCUACACGGCCAUCGAGAAGUGCCUGGUGGCGUCGACAUAUGGUACUAAUAGUAGUACCAUUAUGGGAGUGGUGGAAGUGGGACCACAUCCAGCUCUCCAGGCGCCCGCCACUGAGUCUAUUCUUCAAGUUUGUGGAAAGGAACUACCUUACUCGGGUACCCUGAGACGCGGUCAAGACGACGCCGAGUCCUUUUCCCAAACCCUGGGAUAUCUGUGGACGCGCUUCGGCCCCAGCUGCGUCAACCUAGGACAAUUCCAGGAAGCAUGUGAACAAGCUUCAGCAUCACAUAGAAAUAGUGGCAGCGUGCGUCUACGGAUAUUACACGACCUACCGUCCUACCCCUGGAACCAUGAUCGCGUGCUCUGGGCUGAGUCCCGCCUCGCCAAGCUCUUCAGUAAGAACCCUGGCCGUCCUCACGACCUGCUGGGGCUCGACAUGGCCGAGGGUACCGUGGAGGAGAUGCGGUGGCGCAACGUGCUCAAGAUCAACGAGCUCAAGUGGCUCGCGGGCCACUCGCUGCAGGGCCAGAUCGUCUUCCCGGCGACUGCGUACAUUGCCAUUGCCAUGGAGGCCGCCAUGCAGAUGGCGGCGGCGAUUGGGGAAGCGGGAAUCUCAACCUCGGUGCUGUCGAUUGAUGUCUUGGACCUGCGGAUUCCGAAGGCAAUCGCUUUGAACGAUUCGGGGACGGAGCUGGUGACGUCCAUGACACAUAUCAAGCGCCACAGCGGCGGAGAACCGGGCGACGAUUUCAUCACAGCCGAGUUCAACGCCUUCUCUACCACGGGCAAGGAGGCGACAUCCAUGGCGUUAAACUGCACAGGUCAUGUCCGUAUCAUGCUUGGAGCCAACAGCAACAGCAGCAAGCCUGAACAAAAAGAUGAAGUAGAAGAAGAAGAAGAAGAAACCACAAAAACAUGGCCAUCCCGCUUCGCAGCCCGAGUUGCACCCCAAGGUCACCUCUCCACCAUCGAUGUCGAUAGAUUUUACCAAGUCCUCCGCGAUGAUUUUGGCUUCGGUUAUGAUGGAGCCUUUCACGGCCUCACGAGCAUCCAGCGCAAGACCAACUACGCCACGGCCACCAUUCGCAAUCCGGCCUUUGAGACGGGCGAGACCCCGCUGCUUUUCCACCCUGGAAUGCUUGACAGUGCGCUGCAAGGUCUCAACGCCGCGUACAGUGCUCCUGGAGACGGCCGGCUGUGGUCCAUUGUGGCGCCUACCGCGGUCCGGCGCAUCACUUUGGUUCCUGAUUUGUGCGGGGACAAAAUGACGGACGAGGUGCUCAUUGACUGUACCAUUACGGACCCUCGACCCAACUGUGUUACUGGUGAUGUUAAUGUGUACUUGUCGUACUCAUGCGAAGAACCUGAAGGAGGUGGUGGUGAUAGCAACAAAAUCACGAAGCAAUGUAUUGAGGUCGAGGGCAUUACCUUUUCCCCCUUCGCCGCCGCCACCAAGGACGACGACCGACUCCUAUUCCAAGAGGCCUUCCUCACCCUCGACAAGCCUGACGCUACACUCAUCUACGGCAACCGCAAAGCUACGCCUUGGGAACACCAAAAGGCCCUUGACGCCGAGCGGGCCGCCUUUUUCUACCUCAAGAACUUACACAUCUCCAUUGAUACCGAGAAGCGCACCGAACUGCCGUGGUACCGACGGGCCCUCCUUUCCAACGCCGAGCGGAUUUACAACCGCGUCAAGAACGGCCAGCACCCAUUCGUUCCCCCCGAGUGGAUAUCCGACACGAGAGAGGACGUAACAAAGCUGAUGGAUGAGUAUGGCAGCGAUGACGCCGACUUCAACCUCACGCGCGCUGUAGGCGAGAAUCUAACCUUAUCCCCCGUCCUGAACGGCGAAUCAAGCAUCCUGGAGCAUAUGACGCAAAACAACUACCUGGAGAAGUAUUACACGGAUGCCAUCGGCUUCGAUAUGCUUAACGGGCUUAUUUCUGGCGUUGCAGAUCAGCUAUGCUGCAAAUAUCCGCAUAUGCGCAUGCUAGAGGUCGGCGGCGGCACAGGGGGCGCCACGCAGGCCAUCUUCGGGCGUAUCGGCAGCGCCUUUGCGUCAUACACGUAUACGGAUAUCUCGAGUGCCUUCUUCGGCUACGCGGCGCAGAGGUUCGCGGCGCAGGCGCAUAAGAUGAUAUUCAAGACGCUGGACAUCAGCCAGGACCCAACGGGGCAGGGGUUCAAGAGUCACAGCUACGAUGUGGUGUUCGCGAGCAAUGUGCUGCAUGCGACUGAGUCGUUACGAACAUCUGUCGAACACGCGAGACGGCUGUUGAGACCGGGAGGAUACUUGGUCAUGGUAGAGAUCAUUCGGAACGAUGUGUUGAGACACGGCCUCGUCAUGGGCGGACUUCCGGGCUGGUGGGUGGGAGAGAAGGAUGGCCGGAUUGGGGGGCCCAGUAUCACGCUCGAGGAGUGGGAUACAGUCCUCCGAGAGACUGGAUUCGAUGGCAUUGAAACGAACUCGCCUAUGCUGGAUCCGGUGGGCGUCCCCGGUGCCGUUAUCGUUGCUCAGGCAUCCACAGAGCAAGUUCGGACUUUGAAGAACCCCCUGACGGCAAAUCCCACGACGCCCGUCAUUGAAGGGAGCUCCGAGGUUUCUACUGCUACUCGUACUGGCCCUACACUGGUUCUGCUAGGAUCAGGCAAGAAUAUUUCUUCCUCGUCCGCAUUCUUGUUCAUCCUCUGCAACCAACUCUCCUCCUUGCUCCAGCCUCAUUUCUCCCAGAUCAUCCAUCUGCCGCGCCUCGAAGAUCACGACAGCAUCGCCUCCAAAUUGCCAAAAGAGGACGUCCACGUCAUCAGUCUCGUCGAGCUGGAAGGAGAAAACGUCUUCGAAGAUGCCUUGGAGCCCGCCUUCCUCGGACUUAAAGCCCUGCUUUCUUCGGCCGCCACGGUGCUGUGGCUGCUGGCGGGAGACGGCGGCAGCAACCCAUACGCCGGGAUCACCGUGGGCUUGUUCCGGACACUUUUCUAUGAGCUGCCGGGCACUCUCCUACAGACGCUGGAUCUGGGGAAGCAGGUCAGUCACAGUUUCGACAACAAUGAUGAAGUUGUCAAGUUAUCGAAUAUGGUAGCCGAGUUGUCUCUGCGCCUUCGCACAUUGGGAGACACAGCCAGACGCGGAGGAACGGCACAUGAAGGGCGCGUGGAAGACGAUGGUGCGAUUGGUGAGAAGGUUCUCUGGAAUUUUGAGCCGGAGCUGGUUCUUGACGAAAGUGGACGACUGCGUGUGCCACGGGUGCGUCCCCACGAUGAACAAAACGCUCGCUAUAAUUCGGCCAAGAGACAGAUAACCAAAGUGGUCGACAUGAGCGACAAUGAUACCGUCCUUCAGGUGCGCCGAGCGGAGACUUCAUAUGUACUUCAGGAGCUCCAUGAGCUCGACCGCUUCGGCAAUAACCAUGAUGAUGUCUGCACCGUCCGCGUCUCGUGUUCGCUGCUGUCGACCGUCAAGACACCAGCCGGCUACGUCUUCGUCAGCUACGGAACCGACGUGAAGACAGGCGAGAAGAGGCUCUGCUUCUCUGAGAAGAAUGCGUCCACAAUUACGAUGCCACAGUCGUGGACAGUGACAGUUGAGAACAAUAAUGAGGUAGACGUGGAAGGUCUCGACGUUCAGUUCAUGAUGUUCGUCACUGCCGACCUUCUGGCACAGCGGCUUCUGGGCAUGUUGCCACCAAUAGGCACGGUGCUCGCAUACGAGCCUGAUCCCAUCAUCUCAGACUUGUUGACUAGAGAGCUAGGUCGUAGGGGGCGCAAGGCUGUCUUCGUCACAUCCAACCCCGAUCUCCACGCACAGCGGCCAGACUGGGUAUAUCUGCACCCUAGCAGCUCCAAGCGCGAUAUUGACCAGGUCAUGCCGCCCGAUGUGACACUUUAUGUCGACGCUUCUUCCAUGGGCAACAGGAAUGACAAGAGCAACACCAGCGGCUUGGGAUCACACAUCGCCCGCUCCCUACCUCUCAUUUGCGACCGUAUCAGUUUUUCGAGCCUCAUGGCCGACGAGGCCUCUCCUCUCCUCUGCUCACCUGCCAUGAUCAACGGCAACAUUGACAACACCGCCCCCGAAUCCAUCACACGCCUUCUCCAUACCGCCUCCUCAAACGCCCUGCGGCGUCUAGGCUCCAUCUAUGACUGGGAACCCCUCGACAUCUUGAAUCUCCCCCAGGUGGUGUCGCCUCUUGCGCGUCCCAAGCCCAAUUCGCUCAUCUACUGGCAGACAGACCGGCCCGUGGCCGUGUCGGUAGCGCCUGUGUUGCAGUGGCGGGAAGAUCUGUUCCGGCCCGAUCGCACGUACUGGCUCGCGGGGCUCUCGGGCGAUGUAGGAAGGAGCAUGGCAGACUUCAUGGUUGAGAAUGGCGCGCGUUAUGUGGCGUUGAGCAGUCGGACGCCCAAGGUGGAAGAAGGGUGGGUGUUGUGGCACAAGAAGAGGGGUGCUAUGAUUUCGUACUUCUCAGGUGACGUUACCGACUGGGAAUCCGUAAACCAGACCUACGAUGCCAUAACAACAAGCAUGCCCCCCAUCAGCGGUGUGGCGAAUGGUGCCAUGGUUCUCCGCGAUGUAUCCCUCAUCAGCAUGAGCUUUGAAGACUUCAUCACCGUGCUUCGACCCAAGGUUCAAGGCACCCUGAACCUCGACCGGCUCUUUUCCUCGUCGGAACGCGAGCUCGACUUCUUCAUUUGCUUCAGCUCCAUCGCCGGCACGCUCGGCAACCCGGGACAGUCCGCCUAUAGCGCCGGCAACUGCUUCAUGAAGUCCCUUGUCCGCCGUCGACGCAGCAGAGGUCUGCCGGGCGCCGCCAUUGACAUCGGCCGCCUUGUGGGCGUCGGCUACAUUGAGCGUGAGAGCUCGGGUCGGCUGACCAAGGAGCAUCAGACAAGACUUCAGACAAGGUCCGGUGCUGUGCCCAUGAGCGAGACGGACCUGCACCAGCUGUUUGCCGAGGCCAUCAUCGCUGGUCGGCCACCUUCUGGCUCUUCUCCCAGCUCAUACAGCGACAGCUCGGAGCUCAUUUCCAGCAUCGUCCCCAUCACUACCGAGCAAGCCAAACAAGCCUACUGGUCCAGCAACCCACGUCUCGGUCUGCUGAUCCGAGAGACAGGGCAGCAACUCUCCGGAAGUGGCGGUUCUGGUAGCGGCAACGCCGUGCCCGUGCGACAGUUGCUCAACGCGGCCAGGACAAUGGGCCAGGUCGAGAGCAUCUUGCUGGCCACCUUCAAGGCUAAGCUGCAGGCGCUCAAGUUCCUGCCUGACGCCGACAGCAUCUACGACGCAACGCCGCUUGUAGAGAUGGGCGUCGACAGCCUCGUGGCCGUCGAGAUGCGCUCGUGGUUCCUCAAGGAGCUGGGCGUGGAUGUGCCGGUCAUGACGAUUCUAGGGGGUGCUUCGAUUGCGGACCUGGUGCGUCUUGUUGUCGACAAGCUGCCGGCAGAGCUGCUGGAGCGUGUUGGUGGCCGUCCCGCUUCGACUGCUUCUUCUGAUCCGUUAUCUGUUGUUUCUCCGAGCGUGACGACGGAUGAGCUGGCCAAGGAGUCCGAGGAGGCAUCAUCAAGCAAUGAGAGUGCGAGCGGGAGUGUUGGUGGGCUGGAUGCAAGUGAGCUGUUGGGUAAGACUGGCACCGAUGCCUCGUCGGUGGCUAGUGUUGUUGAUGAAAAGAAUGAAGAGAAACAUGUUGUGCCUGAAAUUAAGUAUAGCGUAUCUUGA